UAUCCAUAUGCCAUCAUCUCAGCCGUCAUGUUUAAGCCAGCACGCUAACGCUAACAUACCGUCAUAACAUGUUACACACCUGUAGGAAUGCAUAGUUGCCGUCUGAUUGAUGAUGUUGUGAUCUAUGUGAGCAGAACAUUUUGCAGGUUUAUGUGUUUUAGGGUCAGUUCAUUCAUUCAGAAGUUAUCUAUUUAUCCAUCCGUUGAUGUCCAUCUAGCCGUCUGUAUCUCUGUAUCUCUGUAUCUGGUCUGUCUGUCUGUCUCUGUCUGUUGGUCUGUGGCUGUGCUGUGUGUAAAUUGAGGUUUCACCAUUCAUUGUAGAUUGUUGUUGAUUGGAAACUCUGGCAACUGCGUAGGGCUCUGUAGGGUAAGGUUAGUUAUCUCAGUGAAAUCAUCUAUUCAGCCAGCUCUUUAGCCACCUGUCUGUCUGUUGGUCUGUCUUGGCUGUCUGUCCUGUAUACGGGAUAUGGUCUCAUUAUGCAGAGAAAUCCGCACUCACAAACUGCGUCUCAUUAUGUAUUUAUAUUACCACCAUGUCCAAAAAGCAAACGCGUUUCGACUAUCAAGCCUUCAUCAGUGCGUGGUACUAGAUUUGGUAGAUUAGGUACUAGUGGCAUUAGAUUAGAUUAGACUCUUUAUUGUCUCAUGGGGAUAUUUGUUUUCACAUCAGACAGUCAGUUCCAUCAGGUUCAGCAUUCGUUAGAUCAGUGGUUCUCAAACUUUUCCCAUCAUUCUCCCCUUCGGAGGGUCUGGAUGCUUCCGUGCCCCCCCCCCCCCCCCUUUGAUUCAAAUUCAUGACAAUGUAUAAUAUAAUGUUGGUGAGGGCUUACAUGUAUUGCUUAUUGGAGAGACAGGAAGUAAUUUCCUUGGGGGGGGGAAAAACCCAAAAUCAGAUGUCACACUGAAGCGAUGCUUCCACGCCCCCCCCAGGGGGGCUUGCGCCCCACUUUGAGAAACUCUGCAUUAGAUCUUUGUGGUACAUAUCUCAUUUACAAUACAUGUAGUCACCAUUUACACACAUAGACACAAACACAUCCUCAGACGUCCAUAUAUAGGUCUAUAUUUAUAGGUUCAAAAGCAACUCAUGGGGCAUAUAAGGUUAGCUAUCCCAGCACUACGACCUGAGAACACCUUGUUUACAGAUUAGAUUAGUCAUAUCUAUUUCUUGGCUAUUUGAAGAUUCGGUUAUUUCUGACUUUACUAUUUCUGACUUUACUCCAACUUUCUAUUUAGACAUGUCCCCUCUAUAGACAACAACAUGGCUUUUCUGACUCUUGUUUUGCUGCUGCACUUGUUUUUGUUUGAAUCGGGCCGGCCAGAGCGAUUGAGCUAAGUCUGCCCAGCCUGCCUCGUGCCUCACAGGGCCUUCCUGUAGAGAGCGCAGGGCAGGCUAUUCUAUAUUUAUACGGCCGCCUCAAGUGGCUUUUCUGGUGAAGAGGCUUAAGGUGCAGAAGAAGGUGUGUGGGAUAAAGUGGUGUUUUAAUGACAUAAGAACGGGCGCAUGCGUACCGCUACACACCUUUCAACCAUUCAAGCAACUCCAGAGAGUCUCCUCAACAUUUUUCAGAAGCGCACAACACUUGUGCCUUAAAAUAGAAAAAAAAAACUGUGAAAACUAUGGAGCAGCUACCAACAUGACGAUUUGGAAUAUUUAGUCGUUCCUUUUUAAAAGAUUGAAAGUAAAUCACUUGCUAUUUGAUAUUUCCAGACUAUCGAUGUUGAGGACAGGGAGAGAUAAGACAGACUCUGUUUAUGAGUCUUUGUAUGUCUACUCUGUAAAGGUAGCGUUAGAUAAACAACUUUUACUAAUAACCAGACAAGCGGCAAGAAGCACAAACUGGAUUAACGCACCACUGUAGCGCGUCUUGUCUGUGGGAAGAAAAAUAUGGGCAUAGGCAGCUCCUUUGCUCCUCCGAGAUCCAAACAAGUAUUUACCAUCAGUGUGGGCUUGGCACCAAGACAGAAUCUGACUCGGAUAAUCCUUAAGGGCAUCUUUCAGGGAGCCAAAGUGGUGCGCGGACCCGACUGGGACUGGGGAAACCAGGACGGCGGCGAGGGGAAGAUCGGCAAGGUGGUGGACAUCCGUGGUUGGGACACGGAGUCGGGCCGCAGCGUGGCCAGUGUCACGUGGUCCAACGGGACCACCAACGUGUACCGCAUGGGCCACAAGGGCAAAGUGGACCUCAAGUACAUGACCGACGUACAGGGAGGAUUCUACUACAAGGAACAUCUGCCAAAUCUAGGUGAGCAUGCGGAGCUCCAGAAGCAGGAGAGUACGGAUGGAAACGUCUUCCAGCAGGGAGACAAGGUCAAGUGUCUACUGGAGGUCGACAUCCUCAAGCAGAUGCAGGAGGGACACGGGGGAUGGAACCCCAAAAUGGCCGAGUAUAUUGGCAGAAUUGGAACCAUCCACAGGAUAACAGAAAGGGGAGAUGUUCGUGUUCAGUACACCAAUAACAUCCGCUGGACGUACCACCCCGGAGCACUUACUAAGGUCAAUACGUUUUGUGUGGGCGAGCUGGUGCGCGUGCUGGAGGACAUGGAGAAUGUCAAGAGGCUCCAGGUUGGCCACGGGGAAUGGACAGACAGCAUGACCACUGUCCUAGGGCAGGUGGGUAAGGUGUUGAAGGUGUACGCUGACGGAGACCUGCGUGUGGCCUUUGACAGCCAGACGUGGACGUUUAACCCCGCGUGCAUAUGUGCCCAGCCAAUGGAGGUCAAUGCCAAUCUGAUGACCACGGAGAACCCCAGUCAGACAGGAUCUCGUGUGAUCUCUGUGCUUGAGAAGCUUCUGUCCCAGUCCACGGAGCUUGACAACCCCAACAGACUGGUCAUAGAGGCUGCAAGGGGAAGCGCCACCAAAGUACAAGAACUCGUGCAGAAAUUUGCAGACAAGGUGGACAUCCAGAACCAGGGCAAGACGGCGCUGCAGGUGGCGUCCCACCAGGGCCAUGUGGAGGUGGUGGAGAUCCUGCUGAAGGCAAACAGUGACGUCGAGCUCAAAGACGAGGACGGAGACGCAGCCUUGCACUACACAGCCUUCGGUAACCAGGUGGAGGUGACCAAGCUGUUGUUGAGUAAUGGGGCGAAUAUAAACCUCCUGAAUAACUCCCUGUGCACCGCGCUUCACAUCGCCGUCAAUAAAGGCUUCACUGAGGUGGUCCGCGUCCUCAUUGAACUAUCAGCAGACGUCAAUUUACAGGAUUCGUACGGAGACACCCCACUUCAUGACGCCAUUACGAAAGACUUCCAGCUCAUCAUCCAGCUCCUCACUUCAGUGCCCAGCAUUGACUUCACCCUCCAGAACAACCGAGGAUUCAACCUACUGCACCACGCCGCCCUCAAAGGCAACAUGCUAGCAACGAAGACCAUUCUGGAGCGAGCUCGGCAGCUAGUGGACGUGAAGAAGGAUGACGGCUUCUGCGCACUGCACCUGGCGGCCCUCAACAACCAUUGUGACGUCGCUAAACUGCUCAUCAAAGAGGGCCGCUGUGAUGUCAAUAUCUGUAAUAACCGGCACCAGACGCCUCUGCAGCUGGCGGUGGCCCAAGGUCACCUCAAGGUGAUCCAGCUGCUGGUGGCCGAGGGGGCCAACGUCAACCGGGAAGACGAGGACGGGGACACGGCCAUGCACGUGGCCCUCACCAGAGAGACGCUCUUAAACGCCGCGUUCGCCGCAGAGGGCGAGGGGUCCAGCCUCUACGCACUGCUGAACAGGGCCGGUAUGCUGGAGAGCGCAGAGCUGAGCGUGGGCACGGCCAUCGCCUGUUUCCUGGCGCAGGAGGGCGCGGACAUCGCCUAUGCCAACCACAAGGGGAAGAGCCCGCUGGACCUGGUCACCAGCCCCACACUGCUGCAGCUCAUCAAGAACUUCUCCGAGAAAAACAGGUUACUGCAGCUCCAGACGGUGACAUGUGGCACUAGUGGUAGCAGUGCCAACCUGCGUCGGGUCCACACCACGCCCAACACCAUGACCAACCUGCUGAUGCCCUGCGCUGCCAGCCCCAGCGAAUGCCUCAUCUGCUCCGAGCUGGCACUGCUGGUGCUCUUCUUCCCCUGCCAACACAGCGUGGCGUGCGAAGAAUGUGCCCAUCGGAUGAAGAAAUGCAUCAAAUGUCAAGUCACCAUCACUAAGAAAAUACGCCAAGACCAGACGGAGGUGGACUUGAGCCCCGGGUCGGAGAGCUCGGACCACCACAAUCUCCUGGAGCAGCUGCAGUCGCGCUACCGGCAGAUGGAGGAGCGCAUCACCUGCCCCAUCUGCAUCGACAGCCAGAUCCGCCUUGUCUUUCAGUGUGGCCACGCCUCCUGCAUUGACUGCAGCGCCACGCUAAAAACUUGCCCCAUCUGCCGACAGACCAUAAGGGAACGCAUCCAGCUGUUCGUAUGACUACUGCAACAACCACAUCUCGACUUGUGCAAUAAAGCGAGCAGGAGCUGUUCACUACUACUACUACUACUACUACUACUACUACUACUACUUCUACCAUUAUCAGGACAUGCAGUACAGUAUGGCACCUUUAGUUGCGGACAUACACACAUCUCCUAUUUAUUACAGGUAAUGUUGUGACUGUAGUCGUUUUGGGUAGGGUGCAGUGCGCACGCCGCACAUCCACAGUCACUUGUUGCAGGUGCCAGACAAAAGUGUCAGACAUUUCCAAGAAGGUAGGUCUGCACACUGCGGAAUAAGCUCUAAAAAAUAAAGUUUAUUCAAUUAAAACAGCAACGUUGCGAUCACAGAAACAUUGCUGUUUUUUUUAUUUAAUAAACAGACCUACCUUCUUGAAAUGUGUUGUGACUGUACGGUAGGCAUUGACUGCUCUGCACGUUGUGUUGAUCUCCCCCAUCUUCUUUUGCCAUAGUAAGUAAAUAGAUACUUCAGUGACGCCCGCCAGCCCGCCCGGGACAAAGCAAAAAGGGAGGUCAUGUACAUGUAAAUGUUGUGCCCCGGCCGUCAUCCAUCCCCCAUCCCCUCUGCUUUUUAUUGCCUGUGUGUGUGUGUGUGUGUGUGUGUGUGUGUGUGUGUGUGUGUGUGUGUGUGUGUGUGUGUGUGUGUGUGUGUGUGUGUGUGUCUUGUGUGUUUACAAAUUGCACAUGUUUUUAAAUGUGCACAUUUUCUUCAUGUGUUCAUGUACAUCGUUGCGUUUUAUUUCCUAAUUAUUACUGUUAUAAAUGAUAUCAGAAACAAACAUUCUCAUGUGUUCGUCUCAUCAUGUUAUCAUAACGGUCAUGUAUUCUCUUAUCAAGGUUGCCAUGAAAGAUGUUACAAUUAUUCGAAAGAUUAGAUGGUUUGGCUUCAAAUAAAAUCUUAUUUCAGUGAUUUGAAAACAAAACAAAAGUAGAUAGAUAGGUAGAUUGUUGCAAUCCAUACACUGUUCCAACACUUUAACAUGGUGUAAGGAAAGGUAUGGACAGAAUAGAAUGCUUUAAACUUGUAUUUAGUAGUAAAACCUUGCAGUUUCUUAGUCAUAUCAUUACCAAUUAGAUAGCCAAAUAUACUAUCAAAAAUAUCGAAGUCUGUUGAGACUGGGCAUUCUGAUAUCUUAAAGGGGUAUGCCACUAUUUUACAUAUGCUACACGGAUGCAUUGACUUUCAC